GCGCUCAGGAGGAUACCCUUCCUAUAUUGUUCAACGAAUGCUAUAGUCUAUUUUAGAAAAAUCCUGUGUCCUAUUUUUUUUUUAUCUUUAAACAUCUAUUUUGUUCACUAUUCGUCUGCCCUUUUGUGGCCAACAGCACAUGGCCACUCAUUCUUUGGACGAACCAUGCCCAACGUACUUGGCUUGACUUGAACGGUAAUAUUACGGGUAUGUUGUUUUAUGUACUGGUAAAUCUACGUGGCUAAGGCCGUUGACCGUUGUCCAGAGCAUGGAAUAGGAAUUUACAUUGGAUGAGAGAAGUCUAUCUUAUACCUCGUUUAUGAUACUGAUCAGAUGAGAAUAAUGGAUACUCUUUGUUAUAUAUUUUAAUAUGAAUCAGAAACAUCGAGACACGAUAGAUUUAUAUUGUGAAGAUAUUGUACCUAGAAUUAAUGUGAAUAAAUUAUGGCCAAAAUUAUUGGAAAACAAAGUGUUCAACAGAGACGAUGUAAAUAUUCCCCGUUGGAAGAGCUUUACGGACAAAGCUACCGUAAAGGACAUAUACUUAACUAUCAAAACACGAGGACCACUAGCAUUCGAUCGCUUUUUGGCAAGUUUAAGACAAAGCGAUCACGAGAAUUUAGCAAAUACUCUAGAAGGAAAGAAAAUCACAUUUCGGAGUAUUGAAGUGGAAAGAAAUGUGAAUCAAGACAAUAAUAUAAAUGAUAACCAUGUAGAAGAAGAAGCAGCAAGCGUAGAAGGAGUGCAAGAUGACUUUUUCAACAUUAUGCAACUGUCAGAGGUACCCUUAUGUAUUAGAGUACGAAAAGCUAGCAAAUUUUUGGAUGGACCUGAAUAUGAAAAUGUUCAGAGAUAUCCGAUGCGAAGUAAACCUCGUGGAUUAGUUUUAAUAAUUACAAACAUUCAUUUUAAACAUCCAGAUAUAGAAUCUAGAAAUUCAGCUGUGCACGAUGAACAGAAUCUUAAAAGACUUUUUGAACAAAUGGGUUUUCAAGUUAUUACCCAUCUUCAUCUUACAGGAGAGGAAUUAUUAAAAAAGAUUAAAGAAUUUUCCCAACUUAAAGAACUACGAAAAGUUGAUUCCUGCUUUAUUUUCAUCAGCAGUCAUGGUAACACAAAUACAGAGUAUGAGGUUACAGAAAUACAAGGUGUAGACUAUAAUCCUGACAGUAAAGAACGUAAUUACAAAACUGUUUUGUGUACAGAUAUUUUGCGUAACUUUACAGCAGAAGCUUGUCCCCAUCUUGCAGGAAAACCAAAAAUUUUUAUCUUUCAAUUGUGUAGAGGAGACAGAAAGCAAAAAUCAGUAAAAAAGCCGAGACAUACUACAGAUACGUGUAACAUUCGUUCGUCAGACGAAAUGAUCAAUCUUAAAAUGAAUGGCAAGGAAACAAUGCGAAACAAUGCAGACACGUUAAUCGUGCAUGCCACGCUUCCGGGACACGUAGCUUUUCGAGAUAAAAUAACUGGCAGUUGGUUUAUACAAAUUUUAUGCGAAGUAUUUAUGAAUUAUGCGCAUAAAACUCAUCUUGAAGAUUUGUUACACAUGGUUGAUGAAAGAUUAAAGAUACAAAGAACGACUAAUGACGAGUGUCAAACGUUAAUGGUAACAUCGAUAGGAUUUAAUAAGCACUGUUAUCUCAAUCCUGGUCUUUUUGAAGAUACCUGAUGAAAGUAAUUGCAGUUAAUAGAAUAUUUUUUAAUGUAUUUUUAUAUUCGUUUGUUACACGAAUCGUCGAAGAAAUCUGAUGAAUUUUAUUCGUUGAAUAAAUUUGAAUUGUUUUAUA